AUAACAAACAUUUUGAAUGCGGUUUUUUGCAUCGUUUGCUCCGGUCGUUUGCUCGGUUUGUUGAUCAGUUUCCUAGAAAAUUCAAUCUUUCGAUAAAUUUUCAGUCUCUUAAAAUUGAUAGCGUCUAGGGAACUAAACAUAAGCUCCGGCAAAAUGUAUCCUCAAAGUUCGCAGAAAAAAUAUUGGACUUUCAAAAGCGAACAGGAACUGGCGGAACUCCGGCUGAAACAGAACUACAAUUUCAUUGCCCGGCAUGGAGUCGGGAUGUCUGAAGAACAAAAAGGAGCUUUCUUCCUAUCAUCGGACGAGGAACGGCUUUUGCUCAAACAGUACGAGCUUCAGCUGAAGGAAUUCUGCAAACGGUUCGAGCCUCCAAUGCCAAAAUACGUCGUCGGAACAGCGUUCCAUUAUUUCAAACGGUUCUACCUGAACAAUUCGUCCAUGGAUUACCACCCGAAGGAAAUUUUGGCCACUUGUGUGUAUCUUUCCUGUAAAGUAGAAGAAUUCAACGUUUCUAUUGGCCAAUUUGUGGCCAACAUUAAAGGAGACCGCAGCAAAGCGAUGGACAUUAUUCUGUCGAACGAGUUGUUGUUGAUGCAGGAGUUGAAUUACUACCUCACUGUGCACAAUCCGUUCCGGCCAAUAGAAGGAUUUCUGAUCGAUAUUAAGACUCGGUGCAAUAUGAACAAUCCCGAUAGGCUUCGACCAGGCAUAGACGACUUUAUAGAUAAAACAUUCCUCACCGAUGCUCCCUUGAUGUACGCCCCUUCACAGAUUGCUCUGGCAGCAGUUCUCCACGCGGCGAGUAAAGAACAGGAAAACCUAGAUAGUUACGUUACCGAAUCACUGUUUGGAACAGCGAAAGAAAAGCUCCCAGUUCUGAUAGAAGCCGUCCGAAGGGUCCGGUCGAUGGUACGCACUAUUGAGCUACCCCAGAAGGAACGUGUGCGUGCCCUCGAGAAAAAGUUGGAAAAGUGUCGGAACCAGGAAAAUAACCCGGACAGUCAAAUCUACAAGCAACGGAUGAAAAAGAUGUACGAAGAUGAGGAUGAUAUCGAGCUGAUGAGUACCUCGUAUCACAUGAAUGCCACCGACACCAGCCUGGAAGUUUCCCAGCUGAAUAACAGUAAUCCAGCUAACAUGUCGAUAGAAUGAGGCGGUAAAUUCGGACACGUGCAGCUAAAACAAGUUUAUCUUUUACUCUUAAUUGUACUUUACUGUUGUAGUUUCUCUUUCGGUUCGCGUAGCGCCAUCUGUUUCCGUACAAAUGCCAAUGUGUUGUAAGUAUGACAGUUAUUUGUAAUAAAAAUCUUCUAAAAUUUAAA